AUGGAACAAGAUUGGGAUCUCCAUGCGGUGGUUAGAGGUUGCUCCACCGUCACUUCCACCACCAACACACCAACCCCUUCUAUUUCCUCCUCUCUUUUCCCCCUCCACCCCGAACCUUCUUGUACCUUCUCCUCUAUAUUUACCACCGAACAAAAACCUCAAACUUUCUCACUUUCCACACACCCUUUUGAACCAAGAACCUCCAUUGAAGAGUUGCAUGAACUUUGCAAGCCUUUCAUUUCUAGAUCAGACCCUCUUUCUUUGCAAACUUCUCCUCUGUUUUCUUCAUUCUCUUAUUCCUCAUUAGCACCCAAAUUACCUCUAACACAAGACAAACAACAACACAGAACUAAACAACAACACCAAGGUGAUUCUCUCACCAACUCAAGAUCAAAAAGAAGGAAAAACCAACUUAAGAAAGUUUGUCAAGUACCAGUUGAGAGUCUCUCUUCAGACAUAUGGGCAUGGAGAAAAUACGGACAAAAACCCAUUAAAGGCUCACCAUAUCCAAGGGGUUAUUAUAGAUGUAGCAGUUCAAAAGGUUGUUUAGCAAGAAAACAAGUUGAAAGAAACAGAUCAGAUCCAACAAUGUUCAUAGUGACAUAUACAUCUGAACACAACCAUCCUGCUCCUACUCACAAAAACUCUCUUGCUGGUUCAUCUCGCCAGAAGCCAUUAACGCCACCUCAAGCUGAAGGUGAAACAACCAACAAAGAUGUAGCAAAAGCCUCUUCUCCUGCUACUACUAGCACUACUACCUCAGGACCUGAAGAAGAAGAGGUUCAGAAUCAAGGAGAAAAGUCUGAGAGCAAGGAGGAUUCUUUGAUGGAUGAUGAAGAUGUAGAUGAGUUUGGCUUAUCUGAUGUUGUUUUGAGUGAUAAUUUCUUUGACAGUUUAGAUGAACUGAGUCAACUCGGUGGUUCUGGAGAUUGUUUCACAGAUCCAUUUUCUUCUGGUAUAGGGAUACCUAAUUGGGCUGCUGCUACGGCUGCAGGUGGUAGCUGA